CGUGAUUGGUUGAUCGGGCAGCAUGGCGUUUGAAUGAGAGCAGGAAGAGCUAACGCAGCAACGUAAGGACGUUAUUGCUAAUUACAGACACCAUUGAACGUUGUACUCCACCAAACCAGAGGUUUCUAGAGUUAAUUGUUUUCGGGGUAUGUCUUAGAGAUCACAUAAGGCCUGUCCGGUGAGGCAGCUACAGUCUGAUGAGGGCAGGACGACAGCUGGCAGGAUGCAGCAGAAAAGGAACAUCCAGAUCAUCGAGUGGGAAGACCUCGAUAAAAGGAAGUUCUAUUCCUUUGGGAUAUUCAUGACCAUGACCAUUCGGGCCACUGUCUACCCAGCUACACUGAUCCGCACCCGGCUUCAGGUGCAGAAGGGAAAAUCUCUCUACAGCGGGACCUUUGAUGCGUUCUUCAAGAUCCUUAAGGCGGAGGGCGUACGAGGCCUGUACCGUGGUUUCAUGGUGAACACCUUCACUCUCAUCUCAGGCCAGGCGUACAUUACUACCUACGAGUUGGUGAGGAAGUAUGUUUCCCAGUAUUCAGAGGACAAUACGAUCAAGUCCCUGGUGGCCGGGGGCUCGGCCUCUCUUGUUGCUCAAAGCAUCACUGUUCCUAUAGACGUUGUGUCACAGCAGCUGAUGAUGCAGGGCCAGGGGCAGCACCUCACACGCUUUCGACUCAGUUCCAACUCUCAGACCGGGAAGCCUGCAAAGGUUUUUGGGCAGACCACAACGAUAGUAUCUCAGAUUUUUGCUGCUGAUGGCUUCCGAGGCUUCUACAGAGGAUACGUGGCUUCUUUACUCACUUACAUCCCAAACAGUGCAGUCUGGUGGCCUUUCUAUCACUUUUAUGCAGAGCAACUGUCCAAGAUGGCUCCCAGUGACUGCCCCCACCUGCUCCUUCAGGCCAUGGCUGGACCUUUAGCUGCUGCGACUGCCUCUACUGUCACCAACCCAAUGGAUGUGGUCAGAGCCAGAGUACAGGUUGAAGGGAGGAACUCGGUGAUUGAGACGUUCAGGCAGCUGAUCAGGGAGGAAGGCUGCUGGGGACUGACCAAAGGACUGUCGGCUCGCAUCAUCUCAUCCACACCCACUGCCAUCGUUAUUGUGGUCGGCUAUGAAACGCUGAAAAAACUAAGCCUGCGGCCCGAGCUGGUAGAUUCCAGACACUGGUAGAAAGGCUUUUAAACUACUUGGACCAUGUGCCAUUUUUAUCCCUUUCCUGUUGUUGACAUUUUGAGUUUGUUUCAAAAUCAGCAGUGUUUGUUCAAUUGUCUGGGCAGAUAACAGUAAAGUUAUGAGUUUGUUACUUUAGGAAAAAAAGACAAAAGGUUUAUUAUGUCUGUUUCAGUGUAAUUGGUUUCAAACAAAAAGCAUUGAAACAAUGAUAAACAGCAGGAAACAUUUUUGUGUUUCAUAUCUGCCCAAAUCCUUUCUUUGGGUUGAUAAAAGGUACAUUUCAUCAUUUUUGUUGUGACUCUAAACUUGUCCUGAAGCAGAGAGCUGCUUUAAUCAGGAACAAUCCUCUCUGUUCUUUAUUUUUGCCAAAGUGGCUUUUUUAAAAUAUUGCCUUUAGUCAAAAUCUGGACAAUCUUUGUGUUGUUGUUUUUUUUUGUUAAAAAAUUCGACAGGAUGAAAAGUUUUAUGUGGCUCGUUUAAACAUGUUCACCAUUUUAGGAGUAUUUUAAUAGAUACUUUUCCGGUGUUACAGUGAUCAUUUAGAGUUCAUGAUUGUUGUCUCUGUUGCUCCAUAAAGUUUGUAUAAAUUAAAUCUUUCCCAGUUUUCUUUUUAAACUCUCAAAGCAACUGAAAGUGAACAUAUUUACCCCUUUGUGAAAUCUGAGUGCAAUACAGUUUUGUCCUUUUUAGUACAAAAUGUGAAUCUUAAUUUCCUGUUGGUGUGCAUUAACAUAUCUUAAAGGAGCUAAUUUUAACUAAUUUAUCUUUCUUUUGGGGGGAAAUGAACACAAGACUUCUAAUGUCUGUCAUUUGACUGCUUUUUGGUUCCUUUGUGUGAAACUAUUGUUGCUCGAUGCAGUUUGCUGCUGUUGUAUGAAUGUCCUCAUGGAGAAAACAUUCAGAUUUAAAUUUGGAUCUGCUAAAUUUAUAGAAGGGAUCCUAUUUUUACUGGAGAUUUUGCAAACGGACUGAAAGUAAGAACAGGUUUGUUUGGCAGAUGGUUGCAGAAAGAUGUUUGUUUUUAUUGAAGCCAUAACUGCACAGGUUUGUUUAUCCAAACUUGUUUAGAUGUAAUCUAUAGAGAUAAAACAGGGGCCUGCAGGUCUCCUCACCAAUAUUAAUGGCUUUCAAUUUGUAUUUUGCUUUGCACAACUCUGAAUAUCACUAAAUAUACUGACUUAAGUUUUGUGAUUAACCAGUCUACUUUUGUUAAUACAUCUGCUCCAAAAUAAAUGUGGUUUCAGCAGUGA